UCACCCAAGUUUUUAAUUGUGAAACGUAGGAUUCAGCAAUGCCUUGUGGUGCAGUUGUGGUUCAUAGUUGUCUCAUUUUACAAAAAGUUUCAAAGGGGAAGCAAAAGAAGGAAUUCACAUUGCAAAUGUGUCUGCAUACAAUUUGUAUAAAACAUUUGUUGCAACUUUUAUAAGUGUACAUUUAAUUGUUUUUCUAUAAGUUGCCCGGAAAGAAGCGCAUUAUACCAAGUCUUGUAGCCUUCAAUCAGCGUGUUUUUACACUUUAUUUAAAUCCAUUUGCCUCGUAAAUUACAAAUACAAAUUGUGAAUGACAUCAUAUAUUUAUAAAAAGGAGAAUAAUAUCAAUAAAAUAGUAUAUCUUAUUGGUUUACAUUAAAAAAACAUAGGUAAAUAAAAGAGUCAGGCGCGCCGCGGACAACUAGGCAGGUCCUGUCGCUUCGCUACUAUGGAAACAACAGUACAACUACAACAAUAAAAAUCAGUGUUUGCCAAAUAUGGCUCCAAAAAGAGAUUUAAAGUUUCCACCUAUAACAUCGCAACAAGAACACAGACCGUUAAUUUCUGAUUCAGAUGCUGUUAAUGUCUUGGACCAAAGCAGACAAAAAGGUGACAGGAUUCAGCAGUCAGAAAAGGGUUUGGAAAGACAAAUUGGAGCAACUGCUGUUGUUUCUGUACAUCCACCUGCAUCAAGAAGAUUAUGUUCUGCAGGUAUCAGUCACAUUUAUGCGGCAACACGAAGAAAGCCCCCACUGCUGAUUCACCUGGAAAACUAUGUAAACAAGGAGCUUCAGUCUAUCAAUCCCCAAGAACCAAAGUACCAGGAACUGAAGCUGCAGGUCUACCGUGUUAUCUUUGGUUGCUUCAUCCAAGAGUUUAAAAUGUACCAACCCAUUCUGUCUGAAAUCAAAAAGGAGUAUGAAAACACAUUAGCCUAUCAGCAGGAUCAAAUAAGAGAACUGGAACCACUGCGAUCGCAUUUGAGAUUGGUGAAGGAGGAAUGCGAGAGGAAGAUUCAAGCCCGCUGGGGAGAGGAGCAGGCUGAGAUUGGAGCCUUGAAAAGGGAGAAGCAGCAGCUGCAGCUGGACAUGGAGGCCAUGAGGGAAAAUGAAAAGGCCUUACAGGCAGUGUUAGAGCAUAUGCAGUAUGAACUGUCCAACCAAUACCUGCUGUUCAGAGAGGAGCGCGAUGCUCGUAAGCUGCUGAUAGAACAGCUCAGUGAUGUAACACACACAUCUGUGAAGAAGGAGCUCCCUGCAGGUGAAAACUCAGUUGAGGCUAAGGACCCAGUGGAGCUACAGCUGGCUUUAAAGGUGUGUCGAGCCAAUUUGACCACAGCUCAAGAGGAGCUCAGCAAGAUGAAGGCAGAAUACUGGGAUGUUGUGCCGCAACGUGACUGGGACAAACUGCAACAAACAUAUCAACAAACAGUCCUGCAGUUAAAGACACUGCAGGCUGACUUUGAUCAGCUGAAAAGUGAGUAUGGCAUACUCCUGGAGCUACAUAAAAGAGGAAGCAUGGAGGUUGAGACACUGGAUUCCUCCAGUGUGCAGCUGGCAGACACUGAGGAGCAGGCACCACCUCCAGCUCUAGACCACGCAGAUGAAAAUGCCUGAAUUUAAAUGAGAAAUAAAAAAAAAU